UGAUAAAAGGAACCUGCCAGUAAUCGAAGAGAAGCUUCAGACAAAUGAAUCAGAUAUUGAUAGUAUAACUACUGCACUUGAGGCUCUCACCAUAAAUAGGGUAAAACAAGAAACUGAUAAUGGCACCAAAAUAGAUAAGAUUGAAUCGGACAUUAAAGAAUUAGUAAAGGUAAUUAGGGAACUUACCAAUAAUACAGAACCUGGACGCUUUGUUCCAAGAAACCAAAACCCAACACGUAAUCUAAGACCUCCAAGAUUAAAU